CUCACUAGAAGACAGACGGCGAGCAUAAGUUAAUGCAGCGUGCACUCGGAUGCGAGUCGAAAAACAAGAAAAACGCAACUCUUUUGUUGCAGCAGAAACCUUUCAGACAAAACCGUAUUUUGUUAGGGCAUUGCAUAGGCUUUUUAUUGAUAAGGAAUACAGCUUGGUGUUGAACUGCAACUUUUUCUCAGUGUUUUCCAGCAGCCAGCAGGCGUUUCUGUGCAGUCAUGAUGUCUGAAAUUUCAGUGAAUGACCACCUGGAGGGGAUAUUAUCAGAUUUUGAAGCCCUGAAGCGAUCAUUCGACAUUGAGGAUGUGGACGACAUCCCCGCCUUCUCUCCCACCUCCCCCAUCCCCUCCCCCAUCUCCCCGUCCACCCAUCUCCUCAAUAAGAGCAAUGAGGGGCGGGGCCUCCUGCCCCCCUCCCACAACAUUAGUGUCUCAUCACCAUCCUACCGACAGCGCAUCAGCCUGGGCUCCUCCCCCAGCCUUUCCCAGAGCCCUGUUCUGAAGAGCCGCAUGGUGUCCAGCUUCUCCUUCAACCGCGGCACUGCCAACCGGUCCGCCGUUGCUGUCAACAACAACAUUGAUGGAGGAGGGGGUGGGAAUGGCGGCAUCGCCCGUGCAGCUUCCUUCCAGAGCCGGUUCAACCCAAAUGGGUUCUCAUCCUCUUUCAUGUCCGGGCCUGGGAGCGACUACGACAGCCUUCACAGCUCCUCGUCCAGCUUGGACUACUCUGUCCAGGGAGGGGGAGGUGGAGCCCCUCUCUCCCCUCUUCACAAGCUUGGGGGUGGUAGCUGCAGCCACUAUUCCAUCCCCCUGCCACUUGGGGAGUAUGGCAGGCCUCAGUACCCCCAGCAGCCCCAGUGUCUGGGUGGAGGGGAGGUGGCUCUAGGGAGUCCAGCCCUUAAGAAGUUCUCCUCCCACGGGAACGUGUUCCACUCCAACCUUGAAGGGCCCUUGGAGCUGAGGGCUCCGGAGCCCCAUGGGGUCAGCCACGGAUCCAUGCCAAGCCUGGAACUCCAGAUGGUGGACGCAGGCGGCAGGGUGGCAGAGAUGCGCAGAGUUGGGAGCAGCAGUGUUGGGGGUGGAGGAAGGAUGUCGCCUGGGACAAAAUAUGCCAACGCUGGCUGGAAUUGGAGUGGGACGGGCUCUGCCCACAUGCGCCAGCACAACCCCAGCCUCUUCGGGAAGGAUGGCUAUUACUCUACCCCGGCUGGCCACAACCAGUUCCAUAUCCAAGCCCAGGACUCAGCCAAGCCCAAGGAGACCCAGCGCCUGAACAAGUUCCCCCUGGACCUGGACAACCUGGUGGGCACCAGCGGCAGCUCUAUGGGUCCAACCCCUGCCAGCCCCCCUGUACAACCUCCUCGGAGCCUCCCUAUCCCUCUCCAGUGCCCCAGUGGCCCUCCCUCCGGCCCCACAAGUCCCUUGGCCUCCCUCAGCAGCCUGGACAGUGCUAACACUACCCCUCUUCGCUCCUCCCCCCACAGCCCCCCCUCCUAUCCCCCAGGCUCGUUCCCUGUUCCAGAUGUGAGCCGCUCCCCGGUGCCCUUCUCCCCGGCCCAGACUCCUCGGACCCUCGACCUGCUCUCCCGGUCGCAGGUAGCCACCGCCAGACCUAGCCCCACCCUAGUGGAGAUGGACGUGAACCAGACCAGUCAAGAGGUUAGGGAGAGCGUGGGCUCCAUCCUACAGAGAAUUGCUUCCUUUUCCAGUCCCGAUGCUGCUCCCGCCACUGCGUUGCCGCAGCGCAGAAUCCUAAGCAACGGGGUAAAAAGGAAGGGGACAACAUCGCCCAUGUUGAUGUACCAGGAAUGCGUGCCCAUCCCUAUGCCCGCUUUGGUACCAUUGCAGAUACAGGGACCGAAGAGAGAGCAAGAUAAGACAAAGGAGCUGGAGACAGAGACAUUCACCACCCCGAUGGAGGACAGGCAGGCGGAAGAGAUGGGGCCGGAUGCAGGGUUAGAGGGGAAGGAGGGGAAGAAAAUAUCUGGGGACAAAAGAGCGGAUGAAACAGCAGAGGACGAGAAUGUGGACGAGGACAGAGGAAUGGAGAAGAUAGGGCUGGAGGAGGGAGAAGAGAGAAAGAAGGCGGUGGAGAUGGAGGGGAUGUUGCCCCCCUGUUCCACAGUCGGGUCGGGUCUACAGGGUAGCAUUAAAGGCAGCGACCUGUUUGGAUACGUGGGCAUUGAGGCCGUGCUGGACCAGAUGAGACGGAAGACAAUGAAGGCAGGCUUUGAGUUCAAUGUCAUGGUUGUGGGUCAAAGUGGUCUAGGAAAGUCCACUCUUGUUAACACACUGUUUAAGUCCAAAGUCAGCCGCAAGUCCUGCACUCCCAACUACGAAGAAAAGAUAUAUAAAACUGUGAAACUGCAAUCAGUCAGCCAUGUGAUCGAGGAGAACGGAGUCAAGAUGAAGCUGACGGUGAUUGACACCCCAGGCUUUGGAGACCAGAUAAACAAUGAGAACUGCUGGGAGCCUAUAGUAAAGUAUGUCAACGAGCAAUAUGAGAAGUACCUCAAGGAGGAGCUCCACAUCAACAGGAAGAGACGGAUCCCUGACACGCGUGUCCACUGCUGCAUCUACUUCCUGCCUGCCACCGGACACUGGUUACGCCCCAUAGACGUGGAGUUCAUGAAGAGGUUGGGGAAGAUAGUGAGCAUUGUACCAGUCAUCGCCAAAGCAGACACACUCACAAUCGAGGAGAGACUGGGGUUCAAACAGAGGAUAAGGCAGGACCUGCAGACUCAUGGAAUACGUGUGUACCCUGAGAAGGAGUAUGACGAGGACACAGAGGAUAGAAUACUCAACAAUAAGAUUCGGGAAAGCAUUCCGUUUGCAGUGGUGGGGACGGACAAGGAGCACCAGGUGAAUGGGAACAAGGUCCUGGGUAGAAAAACAAAAUGGGGGAUCAUAGAGGUGGAAAAUGUGGCACAUUGCGAGUUUUCCAACUUGCGAGACCUGCUAAUCAGAUCUCACCUGCAAGACCUGAAGGGCGUCACCCAUUACAUCCAUUACGAGACAUACAGGGUGCGGAGGCUGAACGAGAGCAACAUGAACGUCAGUGCACUGGGACUUUCCUCCUUCCCGCUCGAGAACGGAACGAGCGACACGGAGAGCCACCUCUGAGAGGAUGGGAGGACAGGAAUGCGUGUUGCGUGUGCACCUUCCUGCUCACAGCUUUUUUUGUAACUCCGCUUUUCACUGUAACUAUCAAAGGAAACAAUCUCUAUUUCUCUCCACUCUGACCCCUUAUCAAAAUAAUAGAGAAUUUACGAGUAAGGAAUCUUUUUUUACCCCAAAUAAGGAAAGAUGUUUGUUUAGUUUUUUUGUGACCUGGGUUGGGAAUUAACCAAAAAUCUUAGUUAAAGGUUUUACUAAAGACAUUAUGUGAAUUGCAUUUUCUGUAGAAUAAGUAUUUUUGUGACACGGUCCAGUCAAAAGGGGAUGUUGUCGUCUAGGUCAUUUCUCCGUUUUGUACAAAUUGUGAAAGUGCAGAUUGUAAGCUUUCAAAUUAUUAUGUCUCAUGCAUCGAGCACCAGUGAAGAAAAAUAAAACAAUAUUCGCAUUCGAUCCUAGAUACGUGUUUUAUCACCCAGUAUUUUUGCACGGACUACAUUGCACUGUACCUGGUCUGAUUAUGGUUCAAGUUAUGUGUUAAGUUGUUGGUGCAAAUCGCAUAUUCUGAAAACAGCCUGAAAGAUGUAGCCUAUUCACGGUUUACCGGGUAAAAAAAAAAUCCUGUGUACAAUGCAAUGCCCGAAAAUAGCCAAUUAAUUAUAUUUAGUCCGUGGAUGUAGGCUAAAAUGAACGUAUGACAAAAAUGUACGGCGAACACGCAGAAGGCAUGCUUGAAAGUUGACACAACUACUUGUGAAACAUUAUAUUUAAGAAUUUGAUCUUGACUCCAGACCAAAUGAUGAGGGAUGAGAUUGUACUUUGUACAAACAAACACAGCUUACAUACGAAACAUUACAGCUAAUACCACCGUGCUAGCACAAGUAGCCCAGGGAAAAACCGUCUGCAUCGUGAUGCAAAUCACAUCACGCAUGACGCGCCCACAACUCAACUGGAGCCGAGUGCACCAGCUGGGCGUACGCCUGGGUGUAAAGGCCGAAAUAUGCUUCUGCGUCUCCGUUUACGGAUGGGCGGGCGCACGGAUACGCACGGAUAGACUUCGUUUAAGGUUCUCCGUAGGCUGUGGGUGCUGAAAACAAUUCACCGCCAGAAGAGUAGGUGGCGCAGCGUUUUUUUGUAAGUCGUCGUGGAGUGUUUAUUUACCUAGGUUAUCGAGAAGUCGGAGCAAAUUUACAAAUUAGCCGUUUCAUCAAUAAAAUACGCACAUUUUCAGCAACUACACUGCCCAUUUCUCGUCACAUUUGAAUUCAGAUGCUGAUUUACAUGUACUGUUUAGCUGAAAUAUGAAUUGUAAAAACUUACAGCAAUGGCGGUCAAAGGAUUCUGUUCAUCCUGUUUAUCACGGCAACCCCGCCCCCGCCCCUGACGCAAGCGGUUCUUAAUAUGGACCAAUCACAGCCAAGGGGUAUCCGUAAAAUGACGGACGGACAGACGGAUAGUCAGGAAAAUCAGGAGGUGCACGUAGAGCUCUCCGAGAGGAAAUUCCUUGUCGGAGAGGGCGUUCCCUGUGUCCGUCUCCCUAAAAACGGAGAAGUAUAAAUCGGCCUUAACUUUCAGUUCUACGUCGGACGUAGCGUUAAGGCUGCAAUAUGCUUCUGCGUCUCCGUUUACGGACGGGCGGGCGCACGGAUACGCAUGGAUACGGACGGAUAGACUGCGUUUAUGGUUCUCCGUAGGCUGUGGGUGCUGAAAACAAUUCAAGAGUUGGUGGCGCAACGUUUUUUUGUAAAUCGUCGUGGAGUGUUUGUUUACCUAGGUUAUCUAGAAAUCGGAGCAAAUUUACAAAUGAGCCGUUUCAUCAAUAAAAUACACACAUUUUCAGCAACUACACUGCCCAUUUCUCACAUUUUAAUUCAGAUGCUGAUUUACAUGUACUGUUUAGCUGAAAUAUGAAUUGUGAAAACUUACAGGGAAAAACGGACACAUGGGAACGCCCUCGUCUCCGUGGAACGCCCUCUACGAGCUCUCCGUCAGCCCUCGGAGAGCCCCGGAGAGGUCUUGUUUAGUUGUCCGUGAUCGCACAAAUCCACUGUUAAUUUUAUUGGUGAUCUAUUUCCAAGCUGAUUGUUAAGGUUUGUUGUUCGCUUUUUUUAGGUCUCGAGUAAAAGAGUACCGGGUAAAAGAGUACGUCUGGUCAUCCUAAUUCAACACUUAACUUUUGUAAUAUUCAAGAAAAUGAAAACUGUAGCGGACAAUACGGGAUACCGACAACGUCCCCUUUUUUGACUGGACCGUGUCAUAUAUUUGGUGGUUGGUGGAUCACCAAUAAAAAAAAACUGUGCGAGUUGCAGCAUAUUGCUGCUGCCAUCGACUGUGCCAGUGAGACCCCGAGUCGAGAUACAAUUUGAAAACAAAAGCGUUUUGUUAUGAACGGUAUUAUAACGGUAUAUAAGUUUGGACUGAUAACGAGGACAUAGUGUAGCGAUUGUGCGGGAGCUUCACGGCUGUAUUUCCAGUUUUUGACAAUGAUGAUAUAAAUAUAUUUAGUUAUACACUGUGUUCUGCAGUUAUCUAAAGGUUGGAUAUAUUAUGUUAUCCUGUAUUCCAUGCAGUCAGGGCAUCUCCUCCUGCACCCAGUGGACAAUGUGAUGCUGAGACAGCGCUGAAUUUUGAUUUAAGAUUUGAGUUAGAUUUUACAAGGUGUUUAUGGACAAUUAUUACUCAGUACAAGCGCAUGUAACACUGCUGGAUUUAAUCUUCAUGAUAAUGAUGAUAUGGAGUGAAAAAAACAUGCGUGAGGAAAACAAAAUAUAUAAAUAUUAUGAGUAAUCGUUCUUCCCACAUUUACUUUCUGCAGUCUGACUACAGUACGGUCAUCUGUAUCGCCAAUUCCCACCGUUUCCAAAAUGUGAUCAUCAGAUUUUGCGUGGAGGGCCGCACAUUCUCCCGUCAAGUUUGUUUUUUAUAAAUCACAACCUUUGCGUGGGAAGUGGCGUACGCACAUUUUCAGCCCUGUUUUGUGCGUAAGCCAAGUUUAUAAAUGAGACCCCUGGGGGGUACGGGUGUAUCCUUUGCGCCAAAACAGACGACACAACUUCGAAAUUCGUUUAAAUGUCUUUCCAAAAUAAUAUAGUGGUGACGACUCGCAAGCUAACUUUUAAUGUCCUUAUAAGUAAGUCCAAGGUGGAAAUACAGCUCAACUAAGCCUCUUUCUGUAAUUUCCACGCAUUAAAACAGCAGAUAUAAUGCACGCUUCUGUGCAUGCGGUAUCUGGUGCGCACCAGAUACUUUAGCGUGGUAACGAGAACGUUUCUGGUGAGCAGCAGAAAGUUUCUCGUGCGCACCAGAAUUUUUUUUUCUUCCCCAUGUCCCUUUAGGGGCUCCAUAGAACAUUUACACUUAGUCAUUUAGCAGACGCUCUUAUCCUGAGCGACUUACAGUAAGUACAAGGAGGGUGAAGUGCCUUCUGAUUAAUAGCCCGACUCCCUAACCGCUCAGCCAUCUGAUCCCCCCGAAUAGAACUGUAAGUAAAGUACAAAAAAGUUAAAAUAACAAAACCUGUAAUUAUUACUUGUGAACGAUGCAGGUCAUUUGGAAAAAUGAUCCAAAGACUGAUACCCGAAAGAAGGAACGAAUCAUUUACUCCCGUCUUUGUAUCAAUGUUUUGUUUUUCUGCAAACCGAGUUUUCGGAUCAAUGAUUCGUUCAUCUGCCGACCGUGUGUUCGGGUACAAGUCUUUGGAUCAUUUUUUUCCGUGAUCUGCAUAGGCUCAGAAGAGGAAACAGAAAGGAUUUGUUUACCUCAUUCACUUUCGCGUGACUGGUAGGUUUAGUAUAGUAAGACGUGAAAUUUGUUCACAAGUGAUAAUUACAGGUUUUGUUAUUUUUACCUUUUUUUCUCAGCCACGAGAAAAUGAACAAAUCACUCUCUGAGACUACUCGUUACUCCCGAGUUAUACUAGUGAUUCGUUCAAAAUAAACGAAUCGUUCAUGAACAACAUCACUAUCACAUAUUCCCCGGAAGGAGGGCUACAACACACAAAGAGAAUACAAAAAGUGAACUCUGAAACAUGAUAGUGUUAGAGUGAUGUCGACGUAGAGCGAUAUGUGAAAGUGUUUCGAAAGUUUUUACUCUGCAAAGCCAAUCUUUGCUAGUCUAUGUAGUAUAUACUUACCAAAGGCUUGCCACACUGUUUUGAAAACUGGAGACAUCUGCUUUAGGAGAAAUGCAAGGUUUUUAGUAACCUUGCAAGUUUCUUUUUGAUAAUAAAUUUUAAUUACUUGCGUAAAUACAGCAAUGCAGGUUAUAUUCCAUGGAGCCCUUGACCUCUGUGGAAGAGAUAACAUAUGUCAAUGACGUAAUACAAGUAUUGUUAGAUUUUGUAGUUCACCUUAUGAAAGGCUCCUGAAUAUAUGUAUUGUAACUCACUGUCACGUAAUUAAGAUUGAAAAAUAUCUAGGAAUAUUUACACAAAUGUCAGACACCCUACUGAAGGCUUACAAAUGUAUGUCACACACAUAGGGUCCUAUGUACAAAGUACAGUAAGAUAAACUUUCGAUGUAAUUCAGAUUUGUGAUGAUUAAUUUUAUCUCACUGUUACCUAUUGAGACUUUUCAUUAACUUUUCAUUGUGUAUAGACUACUAUUCCUGCAAUUUCUUUCCAAAUUGAUGAUGUUGUUCAUUUCAUUGGCAUGUUCAAACAUGCUAUUUUUAUUUUAUUUGGUAUUAUUUUACAUUUCCUGAUGAUGCAGCAUCUUUGGAAGAAGCCAAUAGAAAAUAAAGGCUUGACCCACAUUUGAAAUAAAAGGCAGUGUACCCAAACAACAUUCAACAUUAAUAACAUUCCAACUUGAAUGUGAGGGUCAGAGUAUGAACCCAACAUGUCUUUGAAUUCCAUCCAUUGUUUAGAGUAGAUAAUCAAUAAAAAAUAAAUUACAAUUAAAGUUACACCCUCAAAUCUC